CUUCCUCUUCCUGCUCACCCAGUGCCGGAUAAUGGCGUCGGCCGAACCUCCUGUGCUGCUUGGAGGGUGGAAGCGGCUCCUGGGAGUUUCACAGUUAACCUGUCCAUCUCUGCACAAUCAAGCACCUUUUUUUAUUAUCAUUGCAUCGGAAGGAGUGUUGUCGUGUUUCCAGUUUUGAGCAAAAAGAUAAAGAGGAUGCCAAGAAGAGCACUUUGGACAACAGAGAAUGAGAAGCAUCAUUACAAUGUAAAACAAGCCGUCAGUCAAAAUAUUUCCCACUUCCUCAGCAAAUGGUAAAAACUCUCCUCUUUCCUCAGCAGAUGAGAGACAAGGGACAGAAUAAAAUCAAGAAUUUUUUUGCUUGGAAAUAAAUACAGGAUCUGGAACUCAAGAAAAUAUUAGAUGAAAAGUCAAGGAGGAUAAUUUCCAAAUCAGGAAAAAGAGGGAAAUACCUGGAAGUCAGUGGGAAGAAAAAGGUCACUUGGAUAGCCAAAAUGGACAGGCAUUAAUUAAAGCCUUUAAUAAAGAAAAUAAUGGCUUGAAUCAAAGAACCUUCAAGUAAGGGAUCACAAAUAUUUUUUGCUUCCUCAAGAAUCCAAAAAUAUCAGUUUUGGAAAAAACCCUGAUUAUGCAUGAGAGGAUCCACCCAGAGAAAAACUAUACAAAUGUUUGGAGUGUGGCAAAAGCCUUUACUCAGAAAAGCUUCCUCAUGAUUUAUUGAAUGACCCAUACCGGAGAGAAAGUGCUGCCAAUACAACAAAAUAUUAAGCAUGAACACCAAUGUGAUGAGACAGAAGAUGACUGAGACUGGGGAGACAAACUUUGAAUGCCCUGAUUGCAGGGAAAGAUUUACACAGAAUUCUGAUCUGGUGAUACACCAGAGGACUCAUACGCAAGAGAAACCAUAUAAGUGUUCCGACUGUGGAAAACGUUUCAUUUGGAUUUGUCACCUGAAGAUACACCAGAUGACUCACAAAGGGGAAAAUCCAUAUCAGUGCCAAGAUUGUGGGAAAGGUUUCAAUUACAAUUCUCUCCUGGUAGAACAUCAGAGGACUCACACAGGAGAGAGACCAUAUGAGUGUCCUGAUUGUGGGAAAGAUUUCUCUCGGAAAUUUAACCUGGUGAAGCAUCAGAGGACUCACACAGGAGAGAAACCAUAUGAGUGUCCUGAUUGUGGGAAAGAUUUCUCUCAGAAAUUUAACCUGGUGAAACAUCAGAGGACUCACACAGGAGAGAGACCAUAUGAGUGUCCUGAUUGUGGGAAAGAUUUUCCUCAGAAAUUUAACCUGGUGAAUCAUCAGAGGACUCACAUAGAAGAGAAACCAUAUAAAUGUCAUGAUUGUGGGAAAGGUUUCAGUCAUAAUUCCUAUCUGAUGAAACACCAGAGGACUCACACACAAGAGAAAUCAUAUAAGUGUUCAGAUUGUGGGAAAGGUUUCAGUCAUAAUUCCUAUCUGGUGAAACACCAAAUGACUCACACAGGAGAGAAACCAUAUAAAUGUCAUGAUUGUGGCAAAAAUUUCAGUCGGAAUUCCUACCUGGUGAAACACUUGAAAACUCACAAGGCAGAGAAACAGUAUGAGUGUCCAGAGUGUGGGAAAUGUUUCAAUCAGAAUUCUUACCUAGUGAAACACCAGAGGACUCAUAGAGGAGAGAAACUCUUUGAAUGUCCUGAUUGUGGGAAAUGCUUCCCUCGGAAUUCCAAGCUGUUAAGACACCAGAGAACUCACACUGGAGAGAAACCAUAUGAAUGUCUGUAUUGUGGAAAAACAUUCAGUCAGAAUUGCAACCGAAUUAUACAUCAGAAAACUCACACAGGAGAAAAACCAUAUCAGUGUACAGAUUGUGGGAAAAGUUUCAAUCAGAAUUCCUACUUGGUGAAACACCAGAGGAUUCACAGCGGAGAAAAACCGUAUAAGUGUCUUGAAUGUGGGAAAAAUUUCAGUCGGAAUUCCCAUUUGAUGAUACACCGGAGGAGUCACACAGGAGAAAAACCGUAUGAAUGUCCGGAUUGUGGGGAAGAUUUCCGUUAUAUGUCUACCCUUAUAAAUCAUGUAAGGUUACACAUAGGGGAGUAACCAUUCGAAUGCCCAGAUUGUGGACAGUGUUCCUCCCUUACCACACAAGAAAUUCCAUGUGAGGCAAAAUUUGAUGUGUGUACAGGAAUGUUGAAUUUCAUUUCUUGACUCUCAUUGGAAGCCUCGUUGAACAAUAUUUAAUUACUUGUGUGUUUAUUUUUAGUGAAAUUUGCCUUAGUAUCAAAAAUGAGUGGGGACUAGUCAAGUCUAGACUAGACUAGACUAGACUAGACUAGACUAGAAUAGAAUAGAAUAGAAUAGAAUAGAAUAGAAUAGAAUAGUAAAGUUGGAAGGGACUUUGUAUGUCAUCUAGUCCAACCCAUUGCGCAAGAAGGAGACCCUAUACCCAGGAUGGUGAACCUAUAGCAUGUGUGCCACAGCUAGCAUGCAGAACUCUCUCUGGGCAUGCAAGCCGUCAUGCAGCUCAGCUCCACCAUGCAUACGCAUGUGCCUCCCACUGGUCAGCUGAUUUUUGGGAUGCGCGGGGGGCGAGAUACAUGUGGGAGAUACACACGCAAUUGGGGGAUGUGGCACGCCCCCCAGGCCCCAUUUUUGGUCCCAGGAGGCUGCAGGGAGGCCUACUAGGCUCAAAAGAGGGUGCAGGGGGGGGGAGCAGUGCAUCCCCCGCAUGGCCCGUUUUUGAUCUUGGGAGGCUGCAGGGAGGCCUACUAGGCCCAAAAUGGGACUUGGGGGGCGGGAGAAGCGUGGGGGUCACGUGCGCAUGGGCAGGGGGGCUUGGGAUGGUUGUGCGCGCAUGCACAGGGGGCGUGGGCGUAUGCGCAUUGCCUUAUGGGUGCUGGCACAUGUGCGCACUGUCGACAAAAAGGUUAGCCAUCACUGCCCUAUACCAUUUCUGACAUGUGGCAGUCGAGUCUCUUCUCUCUUUUUUUGAAUUUUUUUUUAUUUUUCUAAACAGACAUACAUAAAACCAACUUCAAUCAAAAUACAAACAGCGUGUCGGUUGGUUGGUUACAAAACUUUUGUGCAAUUUUGCCAUAUUCAUAAUAUAUAAUUUAUCUUAUUUUACAUUUUACCAAUAUACAUCCAAAUAUUUUAAUUGAUUAAUCUUUUGUUUAACUCUGAAUGUUUCUUCCCUUGCCUCAUAUAAAAUGUACUAGAUUUUACAUUAUUUAUAUUUGUAUCAUUCAUUUCCUUUUCUUCAUUCAAACCAAUGAUAUUACGUUAUACUUUGUUUUAUUUUAACAUUUCUAACAUUAUAAAUAUCUCUGUCAAACUUCAACCUAUUUUUAUAUCUAGCCAUUGAUAAAAUAAAUCCCAUAUCUUAUAGUA